GACUUGGUGUUAUGAUCAAGCGUCGACGGACUAGGGGUUACGUUGCAAUACACUCCCCUCUCAUGAACCACUAACUCUCACGACCCGCUACCCGGCGCGUCCAGCAAUGGCGCGCAAGAAUGUCCGAGUUCCAACCGAGAUCGUCAUGAACAUCCUCGAGACCGCAUAUGAGGAUGGCGAGCCUCGUUCGAACAUCUGCCUGUAUACGAAUUGCGCGCUGGUAUGCAAGGAUUGGUCUGUCAUCGCGCAAAAGCUCCUUUUUCGCAACGUCUGCCUGCGUUGCCAGACGGCAUACAUCGCUUUCCAGGACGCGGUCGACCGGUCGACGCCCCGGGGGCGCAUGCUUGGUGAUGCCGUCCAGGCGAUGCAAGUGACCUUGGACCACAACCAGCCCUAUCGCCUCUGCCACCGAUCGUUCGCGCGUGCCGUCACGCUUUGCCCCAACCUCCUGCAGCUGAGCAUCGCUUUGUACGGGAAGCCGGGUCCGGGCGAAGACCUCGUCGGCGAGCCCUCAGUCGACCGCCUGAAGCGCUCUGCGCCCUCGUUUGACGAUUCGACCCUCGCGAUCCUCCGCACGGGCCCGAGCAUUCGGUCGCUGCAGUUCAGCAACUGGUCCGACAACAGCUCGUCGCUCGCACAGCUCCUCAACAUCUGGCCUUCGCUCAAGUCCCUAGUCGUCAGUGGCACGCCGCCGCAGCUGUCGAGCACGUCGCCCGCGCCCUUUGCAUGCGCGCUUGAGGAGCUCAGGAUGAACUUCCAGCGCGCGCCGUCGGUCGACUUCAUGAAGUGGCUCCUGCACAACUCUCGGGAGAGCUUGCGCGAUCUCGAGCUCGAGCGGGACCCAUCGCCAGAGCUGCUCGAGCACCUCCUCCGCGAGCACGCGCCGACGCUCGAGUCGCUCGCGCUCCCGACGUGCGGCGGGCAUGAGGGCGUCGCGUCGAUCCUCCAGUGCACUGCGCUGCGCGAGUUGCGCGUGGAGAGCGGGUGGACGCCUCAGGGCCUUUUCAGCUCCCUGCCGGAGGGCGUCCAGCAUAUCGCCUUCGGCGUAGACAUGGACACGUCGCUGCAGCCCGUGCUGCGAACGAUCAAGAAGAGCGACGCGCUCCGAGUGGUAACGGCCCACAUGUGGCACGGCGGCGAGCGUCAUCCGCACCUCAACGCGCUGAAGAUUGCGUGCGCGCGCCAGGGCGUGGACCUCCGGUUCACUCAGGACGUGCGCGAGUUCCGUGCUAUCAACCGCGGGGUGCUGGACUCGUGCGAGCGCGAACGCGAAUAUGACUCUUGAGGCCGAACCCCCUUCAAUCAUGCUCUUAUGCCCACUAUCACGAAGACGGAAUCACCUCUUAAAAAUCGACUAAUGUCACCCUCAUGUGCCAUAGCCUCCUUUGUCUGUAUAUUCGUGUUGUCCGACCAACUUUCCAACGAUUCACGACUACUCAUGACCAUCUCCAUCUGUUCGUCUCACAUCAUAUCGUUCCGUAUACCAUCAAUCGCCUAUCGUACACUUGCUACCACCAUCAACCCCGGUCUCGGUCGUCUACUCUGUGGCUCGUCGC